CAUUUGCUUUGAGAAAAAAAAAACCAAAAAAAAUAAUGGAUCAAUUUAUCGGGAGAGAUGAAAUAGAGUCGUUCGGGAGAAGCCUCCGGUCGUCGUUCCGGCGGAGGGGCCAGAGUUCCCGGAGCAUCUCGGCAUUGAGCUCGGAGAAUAUUCUCGACGAAGACACCGUGGCUCAGUGGGAUGCCAUUGAUCGCCUCCCAACAUUCGAACGGCUGAGAUCUUCUUUGUUCGAUCAAGAAAACGAAGAUCAAAGGGUUGUGGUUGAUGUUACUAAGAUCGGUGCUCCCGAGAGGCACUUGUUCAUCGAGAAACUCAUCAAACACAUUGAGCACGACAAUCUCAAACUUCUUCAUAAAAUGAGGAAACGAAUCGACAAAGUUGGAGUGAAACUUCCGACGAUUGAGGUACGGUACAAAAAUUUGUCCGUCGAUGCAGAGUGUGAGGUUGUUUACGGAAAGCCCCUCCCGACGCUUUGGAAUUCUUUGAAAAGUUUACUUUCGGAUAUGACCAGGUUGCCUGGUUUGCCAUCACAAGAGGCUCAUGUAGACAUCAUUAAAGAUGUCAGUGGUAUAAUUAAACCUGGGAGAAUGACUCUACUGCUCGGUCCUCCGGGAUGCGGCAAGACUACACUAUUGAAAGCUCUAUCAGGAAGUUUGGAUAAAUCACUACAGGUAACUGGGGAGAUAUCUUAUAAUGGAUAUAAAUUGGAUGAGUUUGUACCUCAAAAAACAUCAGCUUAUAUAAGCCAAUAUGAUCUGCAUAUACCUGAAAUGACUGUUAGAGAAACGCUCGAUUUUUCGUCUCGAUGCCAGGGUGUCGGUAGCAGAGCAGAUAUCAUGGCCGAGGUGACGAGAAGGGAGAAAGAAGCGAAAAUUAUUCCCGAUCCGGAUAUAGAUACUUACAUGAAGGCAAUUUCGGUGGAAGGACAAAAGACCACUCUUCAGACAGACUACAUAUUGAAAAUUCUCGGUCUCGAUAUUUGCUCCGAUACCCUUUUCGGAGAUGCAAUGCGGAGAGGUAUAUCCGGUGGCCAGAAGAAGAGACUCACAACAGGGGAGAUGAUUGUGGGCCCCACAAAAGCGUUAUUUAUGGACGAAAUAUCGAACGGAUUAGACAGCUCAACGACUUAUCAGAUAAUUUGUUGCCUUCAGCAACUUGCACAUAUUACAGACGCAACUAUACUCGUCUCACUUCUUCAGCCUGCACCCGAAACAUUUGAUCUCUUCGAUGAAAUAAUUUUAAUGGGGGAGGGCAAAAUCGUCUUUCACGGCCCUCAAACGGAAGUUGUGGAUUUUUUUAAGGGGUGCGGAUUCAAAUGCCCCGAAAGAAAAGGCGUGGCCGAUUUUCUCCAAGAGGUUAUAUCUCGAAAAGAUCAAGAACAAUACUGGGACGAGGACCGCGAGCCAUACAGAUACGUAUCGAUCGACGAAUUCUCGAAGAAGUUCAAAGAGUCUCGACACGGGAAAAAGAUGAACGCUGAACUCUCCGUGGCGUUUGAUAAGUCGAAGAAUCACAAGAAUGCCAUUAGUUUCAGCGUCUACUCACUUCCGAAAUGGACCCUUUUUCGCGCGUGCAUGUCGAGGGAGUUUCUUCUUAUGAAACGGAAUUCUUUCAUUUACGUAUUCAAAACUGCUCAGCUCGUUUUUAUUGCGUCGGUGACGAUGACGGUGUUCCUAAGGACGCAAAUGGGAGUUGAUAUAGUGCAUGCGAAUAAUUACUUGGGAGCUCUGUUUUUCUCUCUCAUCAUACUUCUAGUCGACGGAAUGCCGGAGCUUUCGAUGACGGUAGCACGACUUCCGGUUUUUUACAAACAGAGGGAUUUGUAUUUUUACCCUGCAUGGGCAUACGCAAUUCCUGCAACGAUUCUCAAGAUUCCGUUGUCGAUAUUAGAAGCUGUAGUAUGGACCGGUCUUACUUAUUACGUUAUCGGUUAUACUCCCGAGCCCGGAAGGUUUUUUCGACAAAUGAUAGUGAUAUUUGCUGCGCACAUGGCCUCGAUAUCUAUGUUCCGAUUCUUGGCUUCUGUUUUCACAACCGUGGUUGCAGCCACGACAGCCGGCAGUUUGGCGAUGUUGUUUAUAUUGUUGUUCAGCGGAUUUUUGAUCCCACGACCAUCAAUGCCGGUUUGGUUAAAAUGGGCAUUUUGGAUUUCGCCGAUGUCGUACGGGGAAAUAGCCCUUUCGGCUAACGAAUUUCUUGCUCCAAGAUGGCAAAGUGAAUUCGCCGGGAAUAAAACGGUGGGAUAUCAAACACUUGAAGACCGCGGACUCAACUUCGGCGGGAAUCUUUUUUGGGUUUCGGUUUGCGCCCUGUUUGGAUUCACACUGCUUCUCAACAUUGGAUUUACGUUGGCGUUAAGUUUCUUGAAACCUUCCGGUUCUCGUGCAAUUAUUUCAAGCGAACAGCUCGCUAAGCUACAAGGAAGUAAAGAAUCCGACGACAAAGCUGCAGCCGAAGAGCGUUCGAAAGUCUCUCCUCCUAGAAAUAAAGAUAAAAUGGUUUUACCAUUCCAACCCCUAAGCAUAGUGUUUCAAGAUGUGCAAUACUACGUCGAAACCCCGAUGGAAAUGAAGGAGCAUGGUUUCACCGAAAAAAGGCUUCAACUUAUAUCCGACAUCACCGGUUCAUUCAGGCCAGGUGUCCUUACAGCACUGAUGGGCGUAAGUGGGGCCGGAAAAACAACACUCCUCGACGUACUCGCCGGUCGAAAAACAACCGGCACCGUCGAAGGUGAAAUUAAAAUCGGAGGGUACCCUAAAGUCCAAAGCACAUUCGCUAGAGUCUCCGGUUACUGCGAACAAACCGAUAUUCACACGCCUCAAAUCACCGUCGAAGAAUCCGUAGUAUUUUCCGCUUGGCUACGCCUCGAUCCCAAUAUCGAUCCCAAGACAAAAUACGAGUUUGUGAAGGAAGUGCUUGAGACAAUUGAGCUAGACAACAUUAAAGACGCGUUAGUGGGACUGCCAGGUGUCGAUGGGCUGUCGACCGAGCAAAGGAAGCGGCUCACGAUAGCGGUGGAGCUCGUUGCUAAUCCUUCGAUUAUUUUUAUGGACGAGCCCACGACUGGAUUAGAUGCUAGAGCGGCUGCCAUUGUUAUGAGGGCGGUGAAGAACGUGGCGAAUACCGGUCGAACAAUCGUUUGCACUAUUCAUCAACCGAGUAUCGACAUAUUUGAAGCCUUUGAUGAGUUACUACUAUUGAAAGCCGGAGGCCGAAUGAUAUAUUGUGGGCCGUUGGGUGAGAACUCGUCGAAAGUAAUCGAAUACUUUGAGGCAAUCUCCGGUGUGCCGAAGAUUAGAGAUAAUUAUAAUCCGGCUACAUGGAUGUUGGAAGUCACUUCCGCUUCCUCCGAAGGUGAACUCGCCAUAGACUUUGCCGAUACAUACAAGAAUUCCGCUUUGCACGAGCAAAACAAAGAGCUAGUGAGAAAGAUGAGCGUCCCGCCUUCCGGAUCAGAAGACCUGCAUUUCCCGACCCGUUACUCGCAAAACGGGUGGGGACAAUUCAAAAGCUGCCUUUGGAAGCAACAUUUAUCUUACUGGAGAAGUCCUAAAUAUAAUUUAAUGCGUUCGAUUCAUAUGCUUUUCGCGGCUUUUCUCUUCGGCAUCCUUUUCUGGGGUCAAGGCAAAAAAAUAAAUAAUCAACAAAGCCUGUUCACUCUCCUCGGCGCAAUGUACAGCUCAGCUCUAUUCUGCGGCAUAAACAAUUCGUCUUCGGUUCUUCCGUAUGUCAGCACGGAGAGAACUGUUCUCUAUAGAGAAAGAUUUGCUGGAAUGUACGCUUCGUGGGCCUAUUCGGCCGCACAGGUGAUAAUCGAGAUCCCGUAUCUCUUAGCGCAAGCAAUUGCAUUCACGGUGAUAACGUAUCCGAUGAUUGGAUACUAUUGGUCGGUGUAUAAGGUGUUUUGGUAUUUCUACACUAUGUUCUGUACAUUGCUAUACUUCACUUAUCUUGGGAUGAUGCUUGUUUCGAUCACCCCGAAUUUUCCGGUUGCCGCAAUUUCGCAGUCGGCGUUUUACACGAUGUUCAAUCUUUUUGCCGGAUUCUUGAUUCCUCACCCGCAAAUUCCGAGAUGGUGGAUCUGGUUUUACUACCUGGUUCCGACUUCUUGGUCAUUGAACGGCAUGCUUACGUCACAAUUCGGCGAUAUAGAGAAGACAAUUACAGUGUUUGGAGAAACAAAAACAGUGGCGGCCUUUCUGAGAGAUUAUUUCGGAUAUCGGCACGAUCGUUUACCUCUCGUCGCUGUGAUGUUGUUUUUGUACCCUGUCUUUUUCGCUUUUCUUUUCGCAUUUUGCAUUAGCAAGUUGAACUUUCAAAGGAGAUAAGAGAGGAUGUAUCACGUGUGUGCUUUAAGCAAUUAUUUGUUUCUA